GGAUUUUUUGGUCUGGGGCCACCGGAGGAGGAGGAGGAGGGGGCGCGGGGGAUAAGGACGGGAGCUGGUGGGGAGCGCCGGCCGCCCUGCAUGGGCAGGGAUUAUGAGCGCCGGUGAGUUGCAGCCCAGAGCCUCGGCGCCGGCGGCCGCCCCCGCGCCCCCGCAGCCCCGCAGCGCUCAGGAAGCCCCCGACAUGGCUGUGUACUGCAGCGAGAACUUCAGCGUCUACCCCCAGCCCAGCCUCCAUCCUCCCGGCGCCGCCGCAGCCGCCGCCGCCGCCGCUGCUGCCGCCGCCGCAUCCUCGGGGCAGCGGGCGGGCGGCUACGCGCUGGGCGAAUACGGGGCUCCCGCCAACGCCGGGUACCUCUGGGGCAUGAACAGCCCCGCACCCUACCUGCAGGCUCCCCCCGGCUCCGCCGCGGCCCCGUUCCUGCCGCCGGGGUCGUACGGCUGCUCGCGGGGGGCGCAGCUGGUGGGGUCCCCCCCGGCGCCCGGAUCGCCGCCCGCGGGCGGAGCGGAGCUGAGCUGGCUGAGCCUGGCGAGCCAGGAGGAGCUGCUGAAGCUGGUGAGGCCGCCGUACUCCUACUCGGCGCUGAUCGCCAUGGCCAUCCAGAGCGCUCCCGAGAGGAAGCUCACCCUCAGCCACAUCUACCAGUACGUGGCCGAGAAUUUCCCCUUCUACAAGCGCAGCAAGGCGGGAUGGCAGAACAGCAUCCGCCACAACCUCAGCCUCAACGACUGCUUCCGAAAGGUGCCCCGCGACGAGGAUGACCCCGGGAAGGGAAACUAUUGGACCUUAGAUCCCAACUGCGAGAAGAUGUUUGACAACGGGAACUUCCGUCGCAAACGCAAGCGGCGCUCUGAGCCCAAUGCCCCCGCAACCACAUCUGCAGCUUCCUCUCUGGGGGGCUUGAAGACCGAGGAAGAGCGAUCCAUCCCAGCCACAGGAAAACCAUGUGGAAACAGUCCACCCCCAGAGCUGGACCCCUCACCUUCUGCCAGGGACCAUCCAAAAAGCUCCUCUCCCUCCAGUAUCAUUUCAUCCACCCCUAGCUGCCUCAGCACCUUCUUCAGCGGCAUGAGCUCGUUGAGCAGCGGAGGCAGCCGGUUGACAGGAGGUCUCGGCAAUGACCUGCAUCACAGGAACUUCUCUCCCGGACAGCUGAGCAGUGGCACUUUCAACCCUUCCAGCAGCUCUUCUCAGGAGGUGCCUUCACCAGACCAGCUGCAGCGAGUUGCAGGACCUUCCCCCGCCUACUACAGCUCCUUCCAUCCCAGCAGCAGCAGCCAGGGAGCCCAGUACAACCACUACUACAACUUCACCGUUAACAGCCUCAUCUACACCCGGGAUGGAACAGAGGUGUAGGACACUGAGGCAGUCGACCGGCGGGCGCUGCAAAGGGAUUGGAAGUUGCCAGUGUAUUUGGCAGCACAGAGGAACAUACGCUUUUGCAAACAGCAUUUCAAUGUGGACAUUUCCCAGGAGUUCUUCCAGGAAGCCAGAUCUUCUCAGCUUUUAAAACAAGAACACCCCUUAACCACCAGCAGAAAGCAGAUAAAAAGCCUUUUCCGCAUCCUGGAAAAUGUUAGGUGGUUUUGAUGGCUUGCCGUCUAAAUUCUGCAGACAAAAGUGAACUGAAUUAAUUUUUUAAGAGGCUUCUAAUCCUGAAUGUAGAAUAAGAAGUUUAAAAACUAUAACCACAAAGUGAUAUCAGCAAAAGCCAAGUGUAGACAUCCAGUGAGUCUUAGAAGAGAGCAGGAAAAAAAAAAAUGAAGAGAUUUCUUAUGAAGUGCCUUGUAUAAUGUAUUAAAGAACUCCUCUGCCAGCAGUUGCCUCUGUAAGCCCUUUCUUUCUGCCCUGAUCCUGCAAUAUGCAAUGCACUGGGCGGGGGGGAUACUCUGGGUAAACACCCACCCAAAACCUCCUUGAAACCCAUGGAGGUUUGCUCUGGUCUUCCUACUUGUGGCAUAUUAUACAGCCAGGGCUGUGUUGUGUAAAACAAUUUUUUUCCUAAGCUUAGUACCAAAGAUAACUCUAGCCAUGCAGCUUUAGCAUGAGAAUAAACACUGGGGUAUUUUUAUACAUAUUUGUACGUAAUGUAACUCUUCUGUACAUAUGUUUCUAUGUGGUUUUGUAUUUGUAAAUUAUGCUCUGGAGCUGUACUUAUUUAUAAUGUGUUUUAAACUUUGUUAAAGUUUAUUUUACUUUGUUUCCCCUUCCUUUUUUGUUGUUUUAUUUUUUCAUUUGUUUUUGGUUUUGUUCAUUAGUGCAUUAAUGAGACUUUUCAGGCUGAACAGCUGUUGGGAAUAAAAUGUUAACAAUUGUUA